GUCAGUUUAACGAUUACAUUCGUGGUAAUUUUGAUCCGUGUUGUUUGAUUUUUAUUAUCAUAACCACUUUUCUGUUUUAUACGAUACUAACAUGCUAGGUAAUAAAAGAGAACGCUGUGUUAAUUGGGAGAAAAAAGAAAAGCAACUUUUUAAAAGUAUACUACGACCCUAUAUAUCCAUAAUUGAGAACAAAGAUUUAAGCACAAACAUUAAUAAGGAGAAAAUGAAGGCUUGGAGCGAUAUAACAGAGAAAUUUAAUCUAGCAAAUUUUAGGACUAGAAGCAAAAAACAAUUGAUGAACCAAUGGAAGUGCAUUAAAUUGAAUACAAAAAAAGAGUUGUCAUCUCGUUCAAAUCGUUUUGAAACAUCAAAAACUGGAGGUGGUCAAAAGCCACCAGCACCUUCUCCAGACACAAUGGAUGUGGCAGAGAUGAUACCACAAGAGUUCGAAGACGAUUUUAAUGAAUUUGAUUGUGAUGGUGUCGAGGACAUUACAAAUAUCAUCAUUUUGGGAGCAAAUGAUAUCCCAAAAGAAAAUAAAGCCAACAAUGAUAAGGAUUAUAUGACAAAAGCUAAAGAAAAUCAUGUCAAACCAAACAACAAGAAUCCCCUAAAAACUCCAAAGACACCUAUGAGGACAACGCCGAAAGCAAGUAGCAAUUUUAGUUUUGGAGAAGCCUCAAAUGCAGAUGUGCAUAGCAUUUACGCUCUGGAAAAUGAGAGGCUUCAAAUAGAACAUGAACAUAGAGUUAAGAAUAUGGCUGAGAUACACAGUCAAAUAAUGGUAAAUUUAAAAUUACAGACGGAAAUUCUCAUGAAGACAUUAGAGUCACUUAAAAAUAAAUAGAUUAAUGAAAUAAAAAUGUUUUAA